GGGGCGGGGCUGGCGGCGGUCGCCGGUCGCCGGUGGCGCGAGGUCGGGUCCGGGGCCCGGGCCGGUUUCCCCAUGAGCAGGCGCUGCCCGCCGGCCGCCGCCUCGCUGCUGCGGGGGCUCGGCGGCUCUGCCGCGCUCUGUCUGGGCAGGAGCAUGAGUCUUUGCGGGGCGCCGGCCGCCUGCGCCGCGGGGCCUGCGGGCGGCGGUGGCGGCGGCGCGGGCUCCUCCUCGGCGCGGCUGAGCCCGCCGUGGCUGCGGCUGCCGGACGUGCCGGGCGCGGAGCCGCACCGGGCCAACGACCUCCUCCUGCUGCUGCCGCCGCCGCCACCGGCCCCGCGCGGCCCGGCCCCGCCGCAGCAUCACGUUGUCUACUUCCCGGGGGACGUGCAGAACUAUCAUGACAUCAUGUCUUGCCACCCAGAAAACUUUCAGUGGGAGCAGUGGAGUUUUGAAAAUGUUGCUACCAUACUUGCUCGCCGGUUCCCUAAUAGCUUUAUUUGGGUUGUAAAGUGUUCUCGAAUGCACCUGCACAAAUUCAGUUGUUAUGACAACUUUGUGGCGAGCAACAUGUUUGGAGCACCAGAGCACAGCACUGACUUUGGAGCUUUCAAGCAUCUCCAUGCACUGCUAGUUAAUGCAUUCAGACUCUCUCAGAAUAUUCUGCCAUCCCAGAAAAGUGUGCAUGGUGUCAGCAAGGAUGCAAAAAUAGCUGCUGGUAAAUCACAGCCACAGUCUGUUCCUACAACAAAUGGCUGCUCAUCCACAGAAGAGAGAGAUUACGAAUGCUCUAAUCAUUCUGCUAUGAACUUCAUUAUACCGUCUGCUGUAGGUGCAGUGUCAUUUACUUUGAUUGGCUUCAGUAAAGGUUGUGUGGUUUUGAACCAGCUCCUUUAUGAGCUGAAGGAAGCCAAAAAAGACAAGAAUACAGAUGCCUUCUUAAAAAACAUAAAAGCAAUUUACUGGUUGGAUGGUGGUCACUCAGGAGGAAGCAAUACUUGGGUUACUUACCCUGAAGUGCUGAAGGAACUUUCAGAGACAGGAAUUGAAGUUCAUGCUCAUGUUACACCAUACCAAGUGUUUGACACAAUGAGGUCAUGGAUUGGGAGAGAGCAUGAGAAAUUUGUACAGAUACUUGAAGAAUUUGGUGUGGAAAUAAAUGAUCAAAUACAUUUUGCUGAUGACGUUCCAUCCUUAGAUAACCAUUUCAGAGUUCAUGAAGUAUUUUGAGACUGUAUGUAUCUGAAUAGUAUAUUGAUUGUAGAAGCACUUUUAACACUGUAAACGUUGUAAUCUAGAUUUACAACUUUGAGCAGAGGCUUUCUGAAGAGUAUACUAAUUCAGUCCUGCAUUGCUAAUAGAUACUAUAUAUAAAUUUCAGUAGUUUAAGAAGGAGGAUUGGGACCGCAUACCUACAACAGAUGUUAUCAAUUUGAUUCCUGGAAAACAGUGUUAUGAAGAACUGUCCUAUACAUGUUUUUUUUGUUAAAUGUGGACGUUUAUUCUCAAACUGCUGGCAAAAUGUCUACUGUCGUAUACUGCCUUUAAUGGGAGUUUAAAGGACUCUAGACUUUCAAAUGCCUGGAUACUUCAAUUUAGUAGCUUCCAGGGCUAAAAGCUUUGAUCUUUGUCAGUAACAGAGAGAAGGAUGGGUUUUUUUCGCUCAAGGAAAGUGAUGAUUGUUAGAACAAUCUUAGUUAUAUAUUUUGGUGAAAACUGGUUUAGUUAGUUAACUAAAUAUUCCAUUUUUGCAACACUUCUCCUAAUUGAAACAAAGUCACAAAUACUUACCUUUGGAAUAACAGUGCCCAUCCAUUUUUCUUCCUGUGUGCACCUUGCCUUUUCUGUUUCUGUAAAGUUUCAUUAAUUCAUUGUAAAGUAUCAGCUAGUGAAUAGCCAUUUCACCUGGGGCUUGAAAAUUUUGACAUAGCUAUGUUAAGUGACCAAGAAUAUUGAGGAGGGUGUAGCUUACUGCUGUUUUAACAUAGCUUGCUAUUGCUUUGACUAACUUUUAUAAGGACCAGCACUAAUAUCUGUAUUUUCAAAUCAAGAGGUAUUUUUGUCCCUACCUUGGACUGGUGAGGUCAAAAUGCUUCAGUUUUUAAAACUAUUAUCGCCUUUAAAUAUAUUGCAGUAGUGGCUUCUAGAGCUGCCCAAAAAGCUAUUUUCAGAGCCUAAUUUUUCAUACAGAAAAACACAUACUCCCAGUUAAAUAUGAAGCUGGACAAAUCAGCUGCAACAGAUGUAGUCUAGUUCAGGCCCCAAACCUGAAUGUUCUUCUGAAGGAAGUAUUACUGAAAGAUGGACAAAUGAGGGUAUUAGUGGAACUUUUCUACGGUUGUAAGUAACUUCCCAUUUAUCUACAAAUAAAUCUUAGAAUUACUCUUAAAGACAACUUUAGCUAUUAACAGUGAACCAGUAGCUUAAAAUGGUUUUGGAUUUCCUGGAAGUACAGGAAUACAAAAGCAAAUUAGCAAACCACUGUGAAGAUUACACAAAAGAUGUGGCUCAGCUCUGAAAAAAGGCAUUUUAUUCAAUUUUGUUUGUAUGUUUGAUGGUGUAGCAACAUCUUCCCCCUGCUUCUUGCUUCCUGUGACUCUUACACUGUGGAAGGAAUGUCUUGGGUCAUGUUUCUGCUAUUGGCAUCAUUAAAACUUACAAGGUUCACUGGAAACAGUAUUUUCACAGCUCUUGCAGAGGUUGUGCAUGUGUUAAUGAUCACUGAAGGAUAAGAAAAGUGUCUUGGACUCGUAAGAAAAUUUUCUUAAAACAUUAAAGGUAGUAGAAAAGAUUAUGCAUAUAGUGUGCACCUUGUAAUGUGAAAGUGAACUGUAUCGCUAAUAAUAAUUAGGCUAAUGUACCUGGUUAAUCAAAAGGGGGAAUAAUCUAUUUUAAUUGAUGGAGAAAAGUGCAACAUGCAAACCAACUCUAACAUUUUAUAAACAAUCUGAAAUAUUAUUCUGACUGCCAUGUGCUUUUUUUUAAAGCUCUUUCUUGGAGACUUUGUUCACCCCUAUUUAUCAAUUACCUUCUUAAUGGUGUUGGUAUAACUUAAAGGUUAUAAGUCCUUAAUGGGCUUAUAACAACUUGUUUAUGUGUUCCAGGGAAGCCUAUUUCCCUUCUUUGUCCUUUUGAUAAUGUGGAAUAUGCAGUGACUUUUUUCUGUAAAGGAAAUAUGGGUCAUGUAACAAAGUGAUUUUAAUAGAAGGCCUACAAAUUGCUUGAAAUACCUUUAACUAUUACAAAAUAAAGUUUAAAAAAAUAAACAAAAAAACCCAAAAUGCACCACUGAUCUUGCUCCCUCUCAGUUUCAUACUGACCAGGCUAACUGGGAUAUGCUAAAACUUGCCCUAUCCACUAACACUGCUGAUCACAGACCAAUUUCUAAACAAUUCUGUGCCAGCCAAAACAGCAGGAGUAGGUUGUUGGAAAAAUCUUUUGGAAACAGCUAUUAAAAUACUGACGUUGUCUUCAGAAGUUUCUGGAUGGCUGUCCUAUGAAAGUAACAUUAACCUGUUUCAUGGAGGCUGCUUACAAUAGCUUAAAUAAAAUAGGCUCAAGUGUUGCUGUAUGAAUUUGAAGAAUAAGCACUUUGUUGUAAAACUAAUCUUGUUGUGAGACCUCAUGUUGUGGAGGGAAAACGGACUGGUUGUUUUUCAUUCUCUAAACAGUUGUAGUACUCUGUUGGAAUGUGUCUCUGUCAUUCAGUACAAUGCAUGCUAAAAAUAAAUUUUGCAAACUAUGUAGAAAAUAAAAUAUUUCUAAUGGGUGAAACCACUUUGUGAAUGUAAAACUAUUAAACAAGGAAUGUGAAGUUAA